UUUGAAUAAUUGUCUAUCAAAACAACUCAAUUAGCAAUACAUUAAAUAGUACACUACUAGCAUGAUUCCAAUUUGCUUUUUACACCUUUCGUGUAUUUUGAAGUCUUAGUGUUAAAUUUUGCUCUUUGAGGCAUUUUCAUUUCCGGGAAAUUCGAAAACACUGAAAAUAAAAACAAAAUUAAUUUAAACAAGAAUGAUGGUUUCUAAACAGUAAAUUUAAACUGUACAAUUAUGGAACAUUUGUGACAAUUUUAACUUGAUGUGUGAAAGACGUGUUUUGAUUCUUGCUGUGGUAACUGAUAUACAUGAUACAACAGUUACCUACCCUAGUUGUGAUCUGUGCUACAGUAAACUAUUGGUGGACCCUACCACAGACAGGUUUCAUUGUAUAAAGUGUGCAGUGAGCUGUGACAGGAGGCGUGUACAAUGGCGUUACAGACUUGUCCUAUCAGUGGCAGACGGUACAACAUUAGGCAGGAUAGUUGUGUUUGGCAAGACACUGGAUGGCUUCUUUGGAAAAACCGCCACAGACUUUAGCAGGAGUCUUAGUGAUCUAGAGCGGACUGGUUAUCCUGCAUCAUCAAUGUUGGCAGAGGCUUUACUGAAUACCUUCCAUGGGAAAUAUUUUUACUUCGGUUUCAAAUUGACUGGUUCCAGUGAUGAUGAAGAUAAACUAUCUUUAAAAGAUGUCAUAAAGUCUGAAAAUAGUCUGUGUUACAGCCAGCUAGACUGUACGUCAAACUUUGAAAAUUUUCAUACUCUAGCUUACCAGAUGCUUGCAUGUUCAGAUGGUGUAUUUGCCUCAGUCACUGACCAUAUGAGAUUGUUUGUGAAACAUCUGAGAAGUCAUAACCAGUCUAAACCAUUAAAAACACCUGAACAAAACCAGUCAAUGAAAAAUCAGGAAAAUAACCAGUCUAAUAAAAAUGUAUCCAUUAGAACAUUGGGAAGCUCAAACUCUUACAGAACUGUUUCUUUUGGUGCAGAUCUAGAUUCCUUAAGAUUCAGCUUUGAGACCAGCGGGAAUCAAAGUUCUUCUUUACAAGAACCUGAAAGUUACAGUAGAAAUAGGAGUAGCGUUUCAAUAAACAAAUCUUUUGACACUGUAGAAAAUGAUGGAAGUUUUUCUGCUCCAUUAAUAGAUUUGAAAGAUAAAGAGAUUUUUCUUGCAGGCGAGACCAUUGUAUAUGAUUUACCAAGGUGUGUAACUUUUGAUACAGUAAAUGACAAUGGAGACAGUUGUUUCCCUUCUGUUGGAAAUUGGAAUAAGUCAUACAGUGCUGUGCUGUCGAAAUUUACAUGUACCACACAAAAUGGGAGCUGUGCACCUUCUGUUUCAAAUAUCAAUCCCUUUACCUUUUAUAGUGAUAUUUCAGUGGCUCAAAAACUUAAUUUUUAUGAUCUUAAUAAAAGUGAUGCAUCAAACACCAGCAAGAAAAUAGAUGAAGAACUUCAAAGAAGACAAAUUGUAACAUGGCAGAAGAAUACAGAUAAUAAAUCAGCUUACACAAGUAAUGCUGCUGGUGAAAGAAAUUGGAUAAAUCAGAAUAAAAAUGAACCAGAUCUGAAAAUGGAAAUAACCAAAACUGAAUAUGUAGACUUACCUGAUAUUACAUUUGAAACAGACAUGAGUAAUGAAAGACAUCUUAAUAACAAUGAAUCAUUUGAUAAUGCUACGGAAAUAAAUGUUGAUGUGAGUAAAGCAAGAUUACAGAAAGAUAGAUUGAUUGAGGAACUCAAAAUGCCUGAAUCAGAAGACCUUAAUGCAUUCUUUGACUCUCAAUUUGAAGGUAUAGAAUUAACACAAGAUGUUGUAAUUGAAGAUAAUGAUAUAAGUGCUGAAAUUGAUGAUGGUGAAGCAAACCUGUUUGUUAAAAACGGAGAUAUUGAGAAUGAUAAUAAUCUUUGUAAGAAAAAAGACAAACCAUUUUCAAUUAUAAACAAUUCAGAAAAAGUUAAUUCAAAGACGGAAAAUUCAGAAAAUAUUAGCUCAAAGACGGGAGCAAAUAAAGCAAAUUCAUACUUAGAAAAAUUUAAAGAUUUCCUUGAUUCCUUUGAAGAUUGCAUAGUGAAGGAUGAACUUGAAAAAUGCAUGGUGAAUGAAGAAGAGGUUGUUAGACAAAGUAAUGUAGAAAUGACAGCAGGAGAAGCAUACACUUCUCUGAAGGAAGUGCCUACAAUGGAUAAUUGGAAUGAAACUGAUCAAGCUUUAGAUGGCCUAGAAGAUUUAAAUAAAGACAGAGAUACAAGAUUUGAAAGUUUUAAACAAAACAUUGGUAUGAAAAACAAAGAGGAAUUUGUAGAGGGUAAUGUUUCACACGAAAUAAAUGAUGAAAUAUAUGAUGAUUUUUUACAUGAGAUGGAAGAAAGUAGUACAACAAUUGAAAACGGUUUGAAUGAUGAUGAACAGGCAGGCAUAGAUAAUGACAAACUUAUUUUUAAUGACUUGCUAAAUUAUGAUAAGGUGGUUAAUAUUCAGAAAGUAUCAUCCACUUUGUUCGUUGAUAAGAAAUCAUCAAGAAUGAGUGAUUUGGACAAAGAGGCAGACAGAGAGGAAACCAAAGAAAACAAAUUUGUUGAAAAGGACAAGCCAGGAGGGAAAAUUUCUGAUGAUUAUUAUCAGGAUUCCAACUGUGAUUCAGAUGACUUAGAUUGUUUCUUUGCUGACAUUUCAAAUGAAAGAAAUUAUGAUAAAGUGGAAAAUGAAGAAAUAAGGGCUGAAAACAGUUCUUCAAGGCAAAAAUCAGAUGCAAAUAAUGUAAUGGAUGUGGAAAAGAAGGAUGAAAAGACCGCUGAAGAAAUGGAAAGUAACUUCGUAGAAUUGUUUGAUGAUUUAAGUUUAAUGGAAUUUAAAAGUAACUAUGUAGAAAAGUCCAAACAAGAAAGAAAUGGAAAUGUUGAAAGUGUUACCAAUCAUAAGGAAGGUAGUCACCGCCCGAAAAAGUCGAUGAAGACAGAUGAUUUAGUGCAAGACAAACCAAACAAUGAUUUUCAUGAUGAUGACAUAAACAACAGUGUUAUAGAUAAGUCAUCAGACUUUGAGGAAAGAAAGUUUAAAAUAGACAUGUUUAAACCAUGUAAAUUAAAGCCAAUUAGUAAUUUCUUUAGAGCAGAUAACAAGUCAGUUAAAGCUUCUGAAACUUACCAAGAGGCAAGAUCUCAUUCUUCAGAUUUAGAAAGUGUUGAUCUUAAAGUUGUGAAUAGGUCUACACCUGGUGAAAGAGUGAUAGAGCAAAGUGUGAAUGGGAGUGAAAUUGACCGUUUUCAAGAAGCAAAAAAGAUAAACAAUUUGCAAAUUGAAUUUACAAUCGAUAAAGAUACUAAAAAUGAAUCAAGUUGUAUAAAUUACUCAGCAGACUUGUUUGAGAUGUCAGAUGGAUGUAAUGAACAAAAUUCUUUGAAUGUUUUGACUGUUAGCACACCAAGUUUCAGCACUAAAUCAAGUUCUGAAAAUGCAAGUUUGAAUGAAGAUUUAUUUGAAGACAGUCCAAUUGGAACUUCAACACCAGGCCUAGAUGAGUGUGUAAUAUUAGAAAGUCAAGACAUGUCUUGUGUAUGUGACAGUCAGAGUGAAAUAGAUUUGGAGGACCAGCUACCUGGGAAGAGAAAAGUAAAGUUUGACAAAAGGUUGAGAAGAGUUAGCACUUGUCAUGUGAUGGAUAUUAGAAUGAGAUUAAAUGAGAGUCCUUUAACUAUACCAGUCUCAGCUGGAAAGUCAUGUUUAAAGUCCAAGAAGAUGUCUCUGAAAAACGUUCCUGAAAUAUCCCUUAAACAAGAGCUUUUGGAUAAAUGUGAAAAUGCCAAGUUAGAUUUUGUUAAUAGAAAGGUAAAUGAAGACAGUUUGGGUGUUUAUAUUGAGACAGACAGUGUUUUUAAACAGAAUUCUGAGUGCUUAGAUGGAUCCUCAGAUUUAUUUGGUGGAAGUUUUAUCGCAUCAGCUAGGUCACCUUUAGAUUUAAAUUAUAAUGUUGCAUGCCAUUCUUAUAAAUCAGGUACUGUAGACAAGGAAACUGGUAGUUUGAAACCUGACAGUGGGUUAUCUGAUAAGUUGCAACAUAUGGAUGUGAAAAACUGCAAGACUAUGUGGUUGCAACCUGGGGAUAGGGAAUCUGAUGGGUUGCAACAUGAAGAUGUGAAAAAUGCAAAAAUUGUUGGGUUGCAACAUGUGAAUGAGAAAAAUGUUAAAGAUAACAAUGGGCACAUGGCUGAAUGUUUUUCUAACAGUCAAGAUCUGUGGUUAAAUGAAUCAACAGAUUCCUUCAUCUACGAUGCUCAAUUAAAUGAUAAUAAUCAUGAAUUACAUGAAAAACCUGACGAAAAAUCAAUGAAACUAGACACUAGAAAAGUGCUUCAUGACAGACAAGAAAAUGAAAAGAACAUUGAUCUACAAAAACGUAACACAGCACAAGCUGUUACACCAGAUCUAUUUUCCAGUCAGUGUAACAAUAUAAAUUUUUCGACCAAAGAAAAUACAAAAGUUAGUAACUUGCAUUGCGUUAGAUUUAAUGGGAAAAAGAUAAAUGACAAAGAUAGAAUUGAAAAAUGUACUAAAAGAAUGGCUUUGAAAUGUUUAGUGAUCAAUACACCAGACUGUGAUUCAGGAAAUGUAUCUAAACACAAACCUGUGCUGUUGAAAUUUGAGAACCCUGUGAAAGAAAAUGUUGGUAUUUCACCGGACAUUUUUGGAGAUAGUAUAGAGGAGGGAGAUGUUGAAUUAGCCUGUGAUAGAAAAACUACUGUCUUUGAUGAAAACAAUGUUUUAUGUAAGAAACUGUUCUUUUAAGAAAUUUUCUUUUUUAACUGAAAAUUUCUUAAAGUAUUUUGAUUGAACUGUUGUUGCAAUAUACAAAUUUCUUUUAAUUAUUUUUUUUAUAUGAAAUAAAAGACAUAAAAUAUAUCAGUCAGAGAUUUG